CAUACACACACACACACACACACACACACACACACACACGGCUGAGAGGCUUUCUCUGAAGCUCUGACAAGGACUAAUAUUCACUCUUUCAAAUGUGAGAAAUAAGUCACUCACCAUGAGCAACACACCCAUCCAGGAGAAGCCCAUCCAGGCAGGCUCUCCAGCCAGCGGGCCUAUGCAAUCCUCCCAAUCAGUACAGCCGAUGUUCGACCCCUCAGUGCCAAAGCGUUUAUGCUUCUACAAAAGUGGCGAUCAUACGUUCGGCGGGCACCGCGUGGUUAUCAAUGCCCGCACCUUUAAGACCUUUGAUGCCCUCCUGGAUGCCCUUUCCAAAAAAGUGCCUCUUCCCUUUGGCGUGCGGACUAUCACCACACCCCGAGGAACCCACCUGGUGAAGGGAUUAGACGAUUUACAAGAUGGGGGAUCCUACCUGUGCUCCGACCAGAAGCGAGUCAAGCCGGUUAAUUUGGAGGAGGUAAACCGGCGGCAGGUGCCCUGGAACAUGCCCAGAGCCUCCAGUGUGGGCCGGCGCAGGCGCCAGGGACUCCAGUUUGCUUCCCUCGGGAGAGCUGACGAUAGCAGCGGCAGGCGAGUGAAAGUGUCGGAACGAGUGGUCGUCAGGACGCCGAGGAGGCUGGUGGUCAUCAAGAACAAGGAUCCCGACGUGAGACGCACAAUUGUGCUGCAGAAAAGGACAGCACCCACGUUUGAUGCAUUGCUGGACUACCUCUCACAGAUUCUGCAAUUUCCAGUGCUCAAACUCUACUCUAUUGACGGAAGAAGAAUUGGAGGUCUCGCUGCUCUAAUCUUGUGCUCUGGAUUCCUAGUGGCAGGGGGCAAUGAGCCUUUUAGGCUCGACAACCACAGUUUCCAAAGGACAAACCAGACGGUCCAGGCAAUGUCCAUGGAAACAGGACAUCCAUCCAUGCUGCAGCAUCAAACCUGUAAGGGUUCAGACAACCACAAAUCAGCCUCCAGUGGAAGAUGCUCCAGGAAUUUUUCGUCGUCAUCCGAGCAGUAUAUCAUCAACCAGAUUAACAAGUCUCGGACAGGAAGUGCAAACAGUCACACUAGAUCGCCUGAAUUCAACCCGACUUGCAUGGAGACGUGCGGAUCCGCCACAGCGGCCGGCCAGCGCAACGCUUGCCUUUUACCUCAGGACGACGACAUUGAGAAAUCCUUCCGGGUGAACCGAGACGGCAGCAUGACCGUCGAGAUGAAAGUGCGUCUUACCAUCAAAGAGGAGGAAAUGCUCCACUGGACCACCACAGUCAGCCGCUCCAGCCUUAGUAGGAGGAGUCUUGGUGCCUCAGUCGCCGAGUCAGGCAAAGGCUCACCUGACUCAAACAUCUACGUCGCCAAAGGAACCUCUGACUUAUGUAAAGAUGUGGCAAAAAAGGCCAACCAGCCUCUAGCAACUGAAGCAAAGCUCAGCUUUAAUAACGUGGGAGAAGCAAGAAAUAGGUUAAGAUGCGCCCAAACCCCAGGCUCUCAUCGUGUAAUGAAGGAGGCCUCUUUUGAAACAGUGAAGAUGCUGACAGAAUCUAGGGUCCAAGGGAGCACCCUUGACCACUAUUCAUAUUUGGAGAGGACUACUGAAGGAGACACAAUGGAGGGAUACUGCAGGAUCAGACACAGCAGCAGCAGCAGCAGCCAACCCGUCCCAAAGCCUCGGAAAACUAUUCGGAAAGGCAAUACCACUUCCCUCCUGAAAUCCUCAGGAGUAGCCGAGGUCCUCAAGAUCGAAAAUGAUGGUACGGAAGUUCGGGAGACUGUGAUGCGUAUUUAUGAGAGACAGGGCAGCUCCAACAAUUGCCUUGCAAAUGAUGGCGCAGAUGAUACACCUUUGCAUCGUUCCCCUCCGGAACCACAAAGCCACCAAUCCACAGCCUCGGGGCCUUGUUCAUCCAGCAAUGACAUUGAUUUUAGCUUGCAGCAGCCUACUGCUGACUCACUCCAAAGACAGAAAGAGGAGAUUUUGUCUUUGUCGUCAGAGCCAGUGUCUCCAGCACUCCAGGUGGCAAACAGACCACCUUCAGUGCCUCAGAAUGUCGCCAAAAUAGAUAAAAACUCGCCAACUCCACUCCAGAAAAAGAGAAAGCCAAAAAAAAAUUCCCAGUCAAGGUUAAUGGAUAAAAAGUAUCAACAAUCAUCAGCAGACAAACACAAUAGCGACACUCAUGCCGGAAAAAAAAGCCUCAGUUCGACAGAAAGUACACACCGAAGGCUGGGUGAAGAAAUGCACACGAACACUUCAGCGAGACAUGGACGAGAAUCAGAAACAUUAGUUAGAACCUCAAUCAGGGAAAAAAAUAGGAAUAAAGCAGCUUCUAAAUAUAACCACAAUGUAAAUACCCCAUCUGUCAGGCCUCCCAUGAAGAAGAAUGUGUCCGAUCUUUUAAAACUCCAACAAUAUUCAAGAAAAAAGACAAGCAGCAAGCACAUAACCAUGAUUGACAACAAGCUGUCAUCCACAGAGUUGGCUCAACAAAGUCUUUCAAAGAUUUCCCUCAACCGGUCCCCCGCUGAAAUCCAACAAUACGUUGAGAACUGGUUGGAGGAGGUCAUUCCAGAUCCCGUGGUGUACAUGGUCACCUCAGAUGAACCACAACCACCGACAAAGGUUGUAUUUCAGAUUGGUUGUGAGUCAGAAACUGAGGAAAAGACUGAAACAAAGGAAAUAGUAGAUUACUGUCAGACUCCCUCUGAUAGUUUGAGGAUGACAGCUUCUUGUCUCUCGGUCCCCCUCACGGCCAAAGAAGAGACACCGACAAAUGUUUCCAUGGCAAAGGUUGAACCCACCCACCAGCAAAGUUGUGUAUGGUCAAAAAACUCAUCGGAAUCAAACAAUGAAUCAGCUUCAUCUCAAAUACACAUUUUAAGCCCCAAAGCAAAGCUAAAACCGGUCUUGCAGGAAAUUUGUUCGUCAAUUCACUCAAUACAAAUGACAUCUGACCAAUCAAGUAGUCCUCUUGAUUUUUCAUACCAUGUGGCUUCGGUGUUUGGCUCUUCUUGUAAAAGCGUCCUCUCGUUUUUGUCGGUGAUGGCUCUGAGAGAUAGUCUAACGAGCGACAGCACAGAUUCAAUGAAUGACUCUGAAGCCAUGCUCCUCUUGAAGUUCCUGCAGAACAUUUCUGCCGUCGAGGACCAGGACGAGCAACGGGCGAGUCUGAUUGAUUUGCACAGUGGAGCGUCUCCCCAGCUCAUGAAGUGCUGGAUGGAUUUCCAAACCUGGAGGGAAAAGCUGGAGACGGAAUCACUCACUCCGAAAUUUCAAGGCACCCAAGAAUCAAUUAGGGUUCAGGGUGUAAUUGUUGACCAGCUAAUGAAGGAGUUUAAUAUGCCGUAUGACCUCAGAAGGGAGAUUUCCUCAGCACUUCAACAGGCUCCUGGAGAAGAGUGCACUGUUCUCGAGCCUGACAAAAACUACUUGGAAUCAGCAGAUGUGGAGCAGGUUGUGCAGGACCCAGACUUAAAACAAUUCUCUGAUAAUGUUUGCAUUCAUGAAAGCACAAAUGAUAAUCGCUCAUCAUGGGCUGGAGGGACGGAAGAAGAACCUCCAAAGGAAACAGGCUGCGAAAGUAAAGAACCAAACGUGUCAUUGGUAAACACAGGGGAAAUCCAAGUUCGAGAAGAAAAGGAGGAGUCAAAGGAACCUUUGGGUGAAGGGGAGAUGAAACAGAAAGGAAGUGAGGAGGGCACGGAGGAAGAAGCAGUGUUGAAAGAAGAGGGGGAAGAAGAGGAACUUGGCAAAGAAGGGACAAAGAACAAGGAAAGUGAGGAAAAAAGCAAAGUAAUUGAAGAAGCAGGUCAUAAAAAGAUAGAUGAACGCCAAGAAGCAAGACAAGAUGGAGCAGAGGCAGAUUUGAGUAAAGGUAAUGAGGAAGAUGUGGUCGAAGAAGAUGAGGACAAUGAGAUAGAGAAAAUCACUACGGAGAAGUCUCAUCAUGAAGAUGUCACGGAGGAAGGAGCAAGAGAACUUGUUGAGAGGAACGAAGAAAUUGACAAAGAUGGGGAGGAGAAUCAUAUAGAAGAGGAAAAGAAAGACAAAGAUGACGCUGAUGAAAAUGUGGAAAAGGAAGCAACAGAGGUCUUGAGUUUUGACAACAAGGAGGGUAAUGCAGACAUGCCUGAACUUACUACAGACAAGCAACAAGUAGGUCUUGAAGAACAGUCAGAGAAGCUGGAAGAGAAUAAGGAGGGCACUCGAGAAAUUAAUCCAGAAGAAUCUGUAGAUCAAGUGGAGAUGGUUGGCGGGAUAAAGGAUGAACCAGAAAGUGAUUACAACUUAGGAUGUUACCAAAAACCAAAUCCAGUGGUAGAAGUUACAGCAAAUGAACUCGAUGAGGGCCUUAAAGCCUUGGCCAAGGAUAAGGAGAGUGAGGAUGACUUGGGAUGCUCCCUGAGAGCAAAUACAGGGGUAGAGGAUACAGCAAGUCCCCAUGAAGAAGGAAGUGAAGAAAUUGAAGAAGUGCACGAAAAGGGGGGUGAUAGUGAAGAAAAGGACCAAGAUAAAAUUGUGGAAAAUAUGCAAAUAGAAGGAACAGACGUCUUGAGCGAAAUGAGCAAUGAGGAAGGUGUUCAUACCAUCCCUGAACCUGCUUUGCACACGAAACAAGUAAAUCUAACUGACCAGACAGGGAAGCUUGAGGAGGAGGAGGAGGGCACUUAUCCGAAGGAACAAUCUGGAGAGAAGGUGGAGGAGCCAAAGGAGACACCAACUGAAACAAAGAGUGAAAAUGGCUUGGGGUUUCAAGAACCCAAACCAGAGGUUGAGGGUUCAUCAAGUGCACCCAGUGAGAGUUUUGAAGAAGUGGUCAACGAGAAAGAUGUGGCUGUGGAGGAUGAAGAUCAGGAAAAGGAUGACAUUGAGGACAAUAUGGAAGGGGAAAGUACAGAGGUCUUAAGUGAGGACAACAACGUAAAGGGUUAUGGUGAUGAUGCAGUUGUACCCGAACCUACUGCAGAUGCGGAACAAGAAAAUCUAACAGAACAGAUAGAGAAGCUGGAUGAGGAGGACACCUGUCCUGAGAAAGAGUCUGGAGAAGAAGACCUUACAGCCAGUAUUCCUGACGAGACCUUAGGUACAAACCCGCAGAAGGAGUCAGAUGAGAAAGACAAUUUAAACACGAGCCAUGGCACCGAAUCACCACUGGAGUAUUUGUCUGAUGAGCGCUUUGAGGAGAACAAGGCUCAUGAAAACAAGGCAGAGAUCCACCCUCCCGAUCGAAGGAACACCCUCAGCCACCCGGUGGAAAUAUCACAAGAACUCCUGGACUUUGUAAACUCUGCACUCCAGUCUUCCUCGCUUAUAUUUGCGUAUGACGAUCACGGCAACAUUAGAGUAGAAGCGGAUCGUGCUCAAAUCACAGAAAUUCAGACUACCCUCCACCCAGCGAUCCAAAGAGAUUGCACAUAUGGUUCGAAAUGCCUCCAGAGCCCGAUCACCUCAGACUUAUCAGACUACAGACCAGAAAGUUUCGAAAGCGGUCCAUAUCAAAGCCAAGAAUCUGAGGCUAUCACUUCAGAGAACAGCGAAGAUGCUUCUGAGAGCUUCCCAGAAGGCUUGACUGAAAGAACUAAUCCGGAGUCGGCUACCUCCCAAAUAUCGAAAAGUCAUUCCGAAGGUGGGAGUUUCUCUUCAAGUGAUUCCCUUACAAAAGGAUCAAGAGAGGUUUUAUCUUGCUGCAAAAAGGGUGACAAUGACCAAUCCUCUCCGACAGAACAGAAUCCGGAACCCGGUAAUGGCAUUUUGAUUGACCGAGGUCGAUGGUUACUCAAGGAAAACCAUUUGAUAAGGAAUUCACCGCCAAUCUCUGAGGGCAUGUACAACGAUUUGGACACUACCUCUGAAGACAUGGGGAACUCCAGUGAGGAGUCCCAGACUCACAACAUAAGACAGGACACGCUACUUGCAGCUAUAUCCUCAUCUGAUCUAGAAGAACUGGCCAAGCCUCAACCUCCAAGGUGCAGCUACUUCACCAUGCCACACGGAAGCGACUCGGACCCAUUCCUGGAUGACACUAGCAACCAAAGUCGGAGCAAAGACACACACUGUGCGAAAGGAAGAGGCUUCAGGGUGUCGCCUGUGACUGACACCUCCAAAACGUUAGCCAACAGAAAUUGCAGCCUUUCAUCUUUUGCAUCGGUGGAGUUUAAAAUAACGGACAGAAAAGUGCACCCUGAAGGAGGAGAGUCCACGGCCGGGGUGGAAGCACGAGGGAUCCCUGGUGACCGGAACCAGUCACAAGACUCCGCAGAUGCAAUGAAUGUCAGAUCAGAAUACAAGAUGAGUUAUUGUAGAAGUAUAGUCUCCAGCAAAUCCCGCGACACUGGGGAGGAUAAGUAGUUUGAAGAAUGGAUGGAUUGAAUGACUACUGCCUUCAGCAACCUUUGAGGACUCAUGACUUUCACAAGGUUAGUCGCUAGCGGAGAUGUGACUUUUAUUUGUCUCUAUUCCUCUUCAUGAAAAACACUUUGCAGAAAAGUGAAAACAUCUCGAUGUAGAAGGGAAAAUUUAUUUCAACAUUUUUUUUCCUAUAUCAUCCAUUCCGCCAUGCUGCCAUAAUAGAAAACUAGAGCAUUGGCCAAAGACAAAAAUAUUUGAAUAAUUGGAGAAAUAUGGAAAAAUUCUACCCCAAAUGAUAAAAUUAUACACAAAAUAUUACGCAAAAAACAGUCAUUUCCGAUGAAAAAUACACAAGCAUUUACUAUGCAGUGUUGAAACUAUUGAAAAAAAAUACCGGUACACGAAUACUGUACUCGAAAAAAAUACUGGACAAAAAUUCACCGUGAGCCAGAACCUCAAGACAGUGAGCCAACUGAAACCACCACAACCACGCUGCCCUGAAAACAUUUAUUUGAAUUGUCGCAGUAUUUAGUGUCUUCACACUUAACUGAAGGGCAGGGUGGGGGUGUCAUCUGCAGUUGUCACCGGCUCAGGGUGGAUGAUGCUCCCUGAUGCUGUCAGACACGUGCAAUUGACAUUUAACAUGAGCACCAAUUGGGAAGGUUAACCCAUUUGCCGCUAGCGCUAAUGCUUGCGCCUCCCUCACACACACCCAUACUCACAAAAAAAAAGGAGGGGGGGUGGCGUUGAUUAUAAAGUGACCCUUUUGGAUUCUUUCCAAGGUUUUAGUCUGUCACUAUGGUGAUUUAGAGAAAAGCCCUCAUUCAUCUUUUGUUGUGGAAUGAACACUUGGAGGGAAAAAAACCUUCACUUUCCUGUAUAAAGAUGAAAAAGAGGAAUUUCUUGCCAUAAUUGUCCGUACAUCACAAAAGCAAACCGUGUGGAGUGGCAUGGCUCUUGGAUUUACACCCUUUUAGAUCCUCACUUUUCGAUCCCCCCUUCUCUUUCAAUGUCCAGUUUCAACAAUGUUGAGGGUGAUCGCUAUGACAACCCGGCAGACGGGUGGGUGCUGAUUUCCCGUCAUGGGAGAUGAAACAAAGAGCGGCUUUUUGCAAGGCCCAAGGACUGCGGUUUUGAAGUCACAUCGUGGAAGGGAAGUCCAAUGUGACAUUUCUUGCACAUCUUAUCAGGUGGUAACAUAGCCGAGCCGAACAAUGAUGUUAAGUUUAACAUUUGACUAUCCAAUGGGAUUUUCAAAAGAUACUGACGUCACUGGAUUACUUGAUCGAGUUAUUAUGUAAAAGCGCCUUUGCUGGAUUCCGUGUGAAAGACAAAGAUGCGUUAAAACCGUUCUGUCCGUUUUGCAGGAUCUCUGUGUGAAAGAUGCCUGCUAAAACGAAAAGGCUAUGCUCCAGUGAAUGAAAGGAACAAAAGUGGCACUCAAUUGAGCACAGACCUCCCAAUAGGCUGAGCUACAGCAUACGCACUGGCAUCAGCUCUGUUUUGACUGAAGUUGUUUUGCAACGUCAUGCAUUAUUCAAUGCAAAUGAGAGGAAAAUGACAUAAAGAAAAAAAAAUAUCCAUCCAUCCAUUCAUCCAUCCAUCAUCUACCGCUUAUCCGGGGCCGGGUCGCGGGGGCAACAGCUUUAGCAGGGAAGCCCAGACUUCCCUCUCCCUAGCUACUUCUUCCAGCUCUCCCCGGGGGAUCCCGAGUCGUUCCCAGGCAAGCUGGGUGACAUAGUCUCUCCAGCGUGUCUUGGGUCUUCCUCGGGGUCUCCUCCCGGUGGGACAUGACCGGAACACCUCACCGGGGAGGCGCUCAGGGGGCAUCCGAAUCUGAUGCCCAAGCCACCUCAUCUGGCUCCUCUCGAUGUGGAGGAUAAGCGGCUCGACUCUGAGCCCCUCCCGGAUGACUGAGCUUCUCACCUUAUCUCUAAGGGAGAGCCCGGACACCCUGCGGAGAAAACUCAUUUCAUUAAAAAAAAAAAUAUCUUCAGCAAAUUCUUAUUUUUGGGGAACAUAAAACCAAUCAAAAACCAAAUCCGGGUGUGUAAUGGACGAGGUUUUGGAGUGUCAAUCACUCCUGUCAAGAACUUGAGUGCAAAUGAGAGGACAGCCCACAGAGAUAAGUCAUUCCAAGGGGUGUGUAUAUUAAUUCUAGAGUGGCCACAUGCCUGACAACUAAAUCUCCUCAGCAAGUGUCUCAGGAGACCUGCCGGUGAAUCAACACGCUGUUGCAUUAUCAUGAUGAUUUUUUUUUUCAAACAAGCAAUACCAAAAACCCAAUUCCUGGCACUAGUGGGACAGAUUCUUAAUUAGGCGAUGAUUGAACAGUUCACAAAAACAAUCUCCUUGGCAGAGGUGAACCCGUGAUUCAGUCCCGUGCGGAAUGAAAACAAUUUGGCCCAAACAGUGACAACGGCAAAUAUCGGCGGGGGCCCGACAAACAAUAAUUAGCGCCGACUGUCUGCAUUCUGCUCGCUGACAAGUCAGCAAUACACAAUCCCUGCCUGGCUGCUUCAUAAAGAGGCCUGGGAGCAGGAAUUUUUACAUCAACACCCCCCCCCCCCACCACACACGUCCCCUCACUCCCUCCCUGCUUCCAAGUGGGUUGAUCAUGUGGAUGUCCACUGUCACUUCCAGUGAAGGGGCUCCACUGUUUACUCACUUUGAGGCCCUUAGGCGGCAAAUUUUGACUUCAGCGUUGUUAUAUCCACUCAAAUACUAAC